ACGAGCUUUAUAUAUCUGCAUUAGGGGUGGGCAGCGAGCGCCCACUGCCGACACCCUGCACAUGAGAAAGUUGUAUUCAGAGCGGACCCCGGGACGCAUGAGACCUAACCCAUCAAUUGAAAACUGGCGAGCUUCCCAGGGAUCCCAGCUGAUUGGGCCAUGGAAGAUCAGCAUCGUCGCGCUGAAGAGACAGCUUACGGCACAUUUGCCUUCUGAACAAGCGGACGCGCCACGCAUCGUGUGCGCCUUGACCCACGUAACUUCGGUGUUUGCGGGCAUCUCAACAGUGGCUGGGGAAUGAAUGCAGCAUCGCAACGGCGCUAACUCCAAGCGAGU